GGGAGGAGGAGGAGCCCGGGCUUGUGACGCAGCAACGAGGCUUCGCAGUCGUAGCAAAGGGGACAGGGCGGCCUAGGGCAGCCUAAGCGCCGUCCGCAUGGAUCAGGGCCCGGCGCCGUAUUGCUUGCGCCGAAGGAAGUCUCCGCGACGCGCGCAGCCCGGCGGCUUAGACACUGAGUAUAGCCUGGCCAGCAGCAAUAGACCUAAUUUAUCGUAUUUGGACCCUUGGAUUGUGACUCUUCUGUUGGAGUACAAAGAAUCCGUAAUCAAAACAGAUGGUCAGCUUGGACAUGUUCUGAAGGUUUUGAAUGAGCCGAGGGUUUACGAAGAUGCUGAGCAGGAACCAAAAACAAUUCUACAUAUUGGAGAUGGGCUUCACUAUAUUGAAGUGAUGGUUGCAGGCAAAAUGACAAAACAGUCUAUGGCUCGGUCUGGAUUGUCUGGAAUUAUUGGCCAGUUCAUCGUCUUGCAGAAUUAUAGAGUCAAUUUUAAAAGAGCAACUGAAAUGGAAGAUUGUCAAUUUUAUCUCAUCCUUGAGUGUUUCCAAGUCAUGCCCAUAAAGAGAGAGGGGAAGAAUCUGCAAAACUGCAAUCAGGAGCUGUCAGUCAUACAAAAGAUAAAGGACCUAUGGCAAAAAUGUUUUGCCAGGGAGACAUGGUUCAACUCAGGACAAGAAUCCCAGGCAGUUUCCCAAAUAUUGAAAGAAGUAAACCAGGAUCCCCUGAACACUUUGAAACAAACUGCUAAGGAUUGUCUCAACUUAUUAGGCACCAGCAAACUGUUGGACUCUGAGCAACUGGCUGUGUAUCCAGAAACUAAGUGGCAACUGGAGCGGAAGCAAAAUAAGAUGCACGAAGAUAUCUUCACGGUUCCAGCUGAAUACCUGGUGAUCGGUGCAGAAAACGAGGCAGCCCUUUCCCAGUCCUACAUAUCAAAUACCCCUCAAGCUCCUGAAGAAGGUGAAGAUGUUCAAGAAGAUGAUCGUAGUACUGUCUCCUUUUUCAGUGCAGAUUCUGCAAGUUUGGAUGGUUCUUUAGAAAAUCCCUGGGAUGCAGUUCCUGGAAUAACCUUGAGCACCUCCAGUGAUGCCUCUAGCACAUCCCAUGGCCUUCCCCAGGUGCAGCAAAUGCUUUUGGCCAGUCCUGCUGAAGAAGCAAGGCCAGAAUCCAACACUAGCACCCCACGUCUCCCGGAGCCUUGUGAUAAUACACCUCACUGUAGCUCUGAGCACGCUGCACCACCGAAGUUCCCGUCGCUGUUUCAUUCUCAGAACAGUGAAUUUCUCAUCGAAACGGCCAAACAGAAACCCAACUUGGUUAUGUCAACCGCAUCAGGCCAGGCCAGCGAACUUGCAGACAGCCUUCCUUGUGGCCAGCCAUUAAAUAAAUCCUACCUUCCUUUUUCUCCUGUUCGUCAUUCCAAAGAGGGCGACUUCUCCUUGGAGCCGGUGUCUGAAAAUAGGAAGGAUUGUCUAUCCCUUACCCAUGGAGCUAAAGGGAUGACAGCUAGGUGGAAAUACUUUGAAACUGAGAAAUAUGUGUCAGCUCAAAGGAAACAGGUGCCAAACGAAGGAGAACCUUCUGCGACUUCUACUCCAACUUGUAGUAGUAACAAUCUGGAAGCCGUAGGGCAUUGCUCUACUGAGACCGUUACAAAAACUCGUACUCCAAAUAAGAGACGUGUAAAUCAGCACCUUCCCUUGAAAUUUGAAAACACCCCCAAGAAAAGGCGGCUGGGGGAGAUUCAGGAUGAGCAAACCCAUGUAUUUGCCCGUCGCAGUUGUAGAGAGAGAUCUCUAGAAGAAAGAAGCGAGGAGGAACCAAUAGGAAGGGUCACCAGGAGGAAAUCAAAGCAAAUUGGAGUUCAACAAAAGGAGAAUGGGAAAGGAAACGGUGUUCAUCUUAAACGCAACGCACCUACACCAGACCUCCGCUCUCAAGUGCAGUCUGUAAGGUUAGUCUCUUUCUUGGCUAGUCACACAUAUCAUGGGGAAGGGUCUACGUCAGGGGUGUCCAACCUUGAAUUCCAGGAGUUUGUAGAGAGUAAAUCCAUAAAACAGUAG